AUGUGGAAGCGCGCUCUGAAUUUGCUAUACAUACCAUUUGGAGCACUGGAUAUCGGGAUUGAUGCUGUUCGAGCAGCGCCGUACUGUCUUACUCUCACCGAACUUCAUAUCGACUCCCUCCGACAGCGCGCUCUUCCCCAUAUUUGCGCUUUAAGAAAUUUGCGAAUUUUGUCGGUGGAGGUAGUGUUUCGUACUGUUUGCAACGAACUUAUAUAUCUGAAGAGUCUCAGCAAUUUGAAGGAAUUGUAUUUGUCAUUCGAGGAUGAGGGAUAUGAACCAGUCGAUGAUGCUGGCCUCAUCGAGCCGUUAGAGCUCGUUAUUGCCAGUGUUUUCCGGAGACCGAAGGUCUAUCCUGAAAUGUACUUCCCUUACAGUCUCAAAUGUUUGACGUUUAGCUAUCUGGCAUUCUGCAAGGAUGCAACGUUGCGUACUAUUGCGCAAGGGUAUGUGCAUUUUUAUGCGUUUUUUGCUGUGUAA